AUGCAUUUUUGUUAAGAUGAUAAGAUCGUUUGUGAGUUUUUAAACUUAAAUGGAAAGAGUUUACUUAAUAAUUUGGAAUAAAUCUCCUUCAAUAAUGAUUCUACAAUUGUAUUAACAAUUUAAAAAUCAUAUAUUUAAGCAUAUUUCUAUAAGAAUGAAGAUUUAAAAAGUAUUACAAGUUUCUAAGUCCUUAAAUAUGCCUAUUUCUCUCAACUUUAAUAUUUAACUUUUUCAAAUUCAUUCAUAGCAAUACCCAAUUCCUAAAUACUCAUAUCAUCCCUUUCCGGUUUGAAUUCCAGAAAAUUUAUGCUUAAAGUUUAACAUGACUUAGGUGCGUGUUACAAAUUAUUUUUGAAUAAGAAUGAAAAUUUUCUAUUUAUAAGUUAUAGAAAUGAUAUUCACAUUUUUGAAAAAUAAAUUAUUGGAUGGAAAUGUAUUGAUAAACUAGAGUCAUUAAGCAAUAGGGAUUCAAUUGAAUACUUAUGUUUAAAUCCUGAAGAGAAUCAUUUAGUAAUUCAUACAAGUAAUGGCUAUAGUGGAUCACUUGCUAUUGUAAUUUUUAAUAAAAAGUCUAUUGAGAACUAAAUUUAAUGGGUUAUGAAAUAAAGAAUAAGUUAAGGCAAUGGAGAACUUUUAGGAUUUGUUAAUAAUUUUUAAUUUCUAUUUUAGGAUUAUGAUCGUUUAUAAAUUUAUUCAUUAAAUAAAGAAAAUUUAAAAUUUGAAAGCACAAAUUCUAUAAAUUUUGGAGCUCCUAACUAUUAAUUUUAAUCUCUUGCCUUUUGGCAUAAAAAUUCUACUUUAUUUAUUAUAACUAAAAAUAGCAUUAGAAUAAUGCAAUUUUAGGAGUACUAAAAAUUAAGGUAAAGGUAAUUAAUUUAAAUUGAUUUAUCUGAAUUGACAGAAGCAGACGUCGGAACAAAUUAAUUCCAUUCUAUUUUAACAAAAGAUGGAAAAUAUCUAUUUAUCUGGAAUAGAAAGAAAACUCAAAUUAUAAAAAUACUGAAUAUUUGA